GUUGAGGCCGGUCAGUGAGCAUGGGACAUUGCAAUCCCGAAUCCACGCGUACCUCCUGGGGGGCUAUUUACGAGUAAUGGCGCAGUUGUCGUCGAAGGUUGAACAGUCGUAGCUUUGUACUUAUGACAAGGGUAUAGAUUGCGCCUGUGAGAAGCACUCAGCUAUGGCCGACAACGGGCAUUCCUACGUUUGGGGGCCAUGUUUACUUCUAUGCAUGCUACUUCUUGUAAAUGCUCGACUUGACCCGGCCUUGGAAGCAGGUUUGCGGAAAUUGGAGGGCGUCACACAACGCUCUGACCGGCAGCUGACUGACACAGUGGAGUCUUCAUGGGGCUCCUGGCUGCCUAUGAACUUGCUGGCCUCCACCAUGGUGCCCCUCGCGUGGGACACCGAGGGCAAGGCCUUCAGCGGCGCUCUCGCGUCACCCGGCGGGCUGGGCUACGUGCUAGCGCUGGUGCGGGCAUCCAACGGCUCUCGGAUGCUGGUGCCCGUGUGCGACCGCGGCUGGAACGACGACGCGGCGCGCGUGGCGUGCAACCUGGGCGGUUUCCGGUACGGUGCGGCGGUGCCCACGGGUGGUGCCACCGGGCGUGCCCAGAUCACCACACUGAGCCUGGCACCCAUGUUUGACGUGAUCGAGUGCUACCCGGCAGUGGGCACCACCAACGCAACGGCCGCCUUCGCCACGUGCUACGGCACCUGGUACCAGUGGGGCACGUGCAAUGGCGUGGCAGCGGUCAUCUGCUCAAAUGAGGCAUUCAAGCCGCCCCCGCCCUCCCCCCCCAAGCCGACACCGUCCCCCUCCCCCAAGCCCAAGCCCGGGAAAAAGCCCACCAAGAAGCCCACCCCGAGUCCCAAGCCCAGCCCUAGCCCCGCUCCCGCCACGGUGACCGCCAAGUUUGUGAACAAGGCUUCUGUCUCGACUUGCGCGUCCAACGCCAAGGCAUCUAACAUUUGCAGCGACGUGGAAGUUGUCGUGGACAGCUUCGUCACAGCUACAGACCUCGCGAAGUAUCCGUCCAUGUGCUUCCGUGUCGUCGUGAAGAAGACCACCACGGGCUGCGGCUCGGCCGCUGGGCUCCAGGAGCUGCGCAUUCCGACACCGAUUAACCCUUCCUGCGACGACCUCACACUCAACGCCACUGUCAAUGACGUGCCGGCCAGCCUCGUGGCCACCUGCAUUCGGGAUGAGGGCAUGCAGUAUAUGGCGGUCUCGCUCGCCGGCUUGACGGCCGCUCAGCUGGACGGCGCGAAGGUGUGCGUGGAGGACGUUCCGGCUGUCUCCUGGAACGCUGACCUCCAGAACUACUUUUUGGACAUGGCGACGGGCGACCUCAUUCCCGGCUCAGAAACCAUCUCAGGCAGCCCGCCCGGUACGCAGUUCUCCACUAGCUACUACUACCACACUGUGUCGUACGCUGUCGUACCAAAGGGCAGCGCUGGCCGCUGUUACAAAGAGGCGAAUGCCACAUACGUUGCCUCGAAAUCAGUAUGCAUUCCCAAUGAGAGCGAGUUCCAGUGUAGUGCUGGCGGCGCCAUGUCUGGGUGUGCGAAGCAGCAGACCAGCUCGGACUGUGGUGACGGCUUCAAGAAGUGCGGCUUUGACGUGAGGAAGGGGCACUCCAUUGCUGCAUUUGCUGCCAAGAAUGCUGGAGGCUGUAGCAAGUGCUUGAGCAACAAGGAGUUUGGCUACUGCUACGUCAAGGGCCCCACAAGCAAGGACAUGUUCUCGUACUGCUGCAGCCUGUAGCAGGCGUGUGCUGGUGGCUUGAAUCAGUGCCAAGCAGUGUUGCGCACGGAGGCAUGUAUCAUGUACGGUGCAGAUAUGCACCUGCUGCUUUACUGUGUCUGUGAGACCAGGCAGAGAAAGCAUGCACGCAUUCAUGGAUGGGCUGCGGUGUGGCUGUGAUGGCCCUCAUCUCCCAUUCAGAAUUCAUACUGGCCUUCUUUCAUUAGGCGUGAUUCUUAACCGUGCAUCCGACAAAGCAAGACUGCUUAAGUGAUAUCCUUGGACAGAUUUCACCAAUUUGCUAUUAGUUGCAUGUGUGGGUCCCAUGGAAGGGGGCGUGGGAUGUUGCUUAGGAGG